UGGAUUACUCAUCACAUCUGAACGUGCCAGCUCCUAUAAUCGCUUUUUGGAGCACAUCUUUACACAGAAGAACGGGCACAACCAGAACCUUACACUCAUUUCUCCUAAACGAGAGUCAAGUAUUUAACAUGGAAUGGACAAGCUAACCACAACCAAGAUUGUCAAAGUAGAGGGGGGAUCUGGAGGAUCUGUAAAAGACAUCCAGAAACAUACCGAAACUGUGACGACCACAAGACUGACAUCUCUACCGCCAAAGGGGAACAGCAGCUCCCUGAGCGGCCAACAGGUAGUGACCUCCAUAGUGAACAGCUCCGGCUCUGGAGGAGCUUCAGCUGUCCUGCUGGAGAAGAAGAUCAUCUCUCAGACCAGUGCUGAAGGCGGCGCUUCCAGAAGCUAUGUCAUAUCCUCCUCUUCCUCUGGAAGUAGCAGUUCAGGAGCUGGAUCUGUGAUUGGUGGAUUUGACGGAUUAUCUCGUGAAAUCAGUGUAACCGGUCCGAUUAGUAGCUCAAUGGUUAAAAGCUCUAGUUCUGUGGUUAAAAGCUCUAGCGGCGUCUCUAGCUCCAUCACGACAGGUGGCAGUUCCUCAGCAACGGGUGGAGGUCUUUCUUCUGGAUUCGGGUCCAUCUCGUCCUCUGAGUUUGCGUCUGGUUCUUCGGGCGGUUCUGUUAGUGCUUCUGGGGGUAGUAUGAACACAUCCAGGGGUGGAGGAGGUGGUGCUGGCUCUUCUGCAGUCAUGUCUGCCGGAGGAGCUUCCACCAUGACUGUCACCAAGUUCAGCUCCUCGUCUCCUAGUGGAACAAGGAAAGGUUUGAGUUACAGCACAGUUCCUGCUGAGAGGAAAACCAGUUUGCACCUUUACACUGGAGGAUAUGAGGGGGGCUCCAGUGGCAAUUCCUCCCCUGAAUACACAAAGAAAGAGUACGGUUCGUCAAGCGUUGCCACCAGAGGGCGCACUCAGACACGAGAGAGUGAGAUCAGAGCCAGAUUGCAGAGUGCUUCACCCUCCACUAGAUGGACAGAGCUGGAUGAUGUAAAGAGAUUACUGAAGGGAAGUCGCUCCGGGAGCAUCAGUCCACCUCGCUCUCCCACCAACACUCUGCCUAUCCCGAAAAAAGCCAGCGUGGACACCCGCCACGACAGCCAGUCAGGUUGUGACGGCUCAGUCCUGGAUGCUGGAUUCAGUGGAUAUUACACCAACCCAAACAAUCUCAGUUACACCACACUGCAACAACCAUCACUCACAGGUGGCAUGCAGAAUAAUCGGACCCUCAGCUCAUCUCCCCUUGGUAGUGCAGUGUAUGGGAUGCAGAAUAACCUGUCAACAUCUGGCGGUGCUCUCAUGGCUAAUGGAAUGAGUGUUGGCCAUGUGUAUGGGUCACCGAAGAAUGUUGGCAGCACUGGAUUGGGCACCAAUUUUACUGCUGUUCCCAGCAGCCCUAUCACCUCUGAUGAUGUGUUUGUGAAAGAUGGCAAGUUUAUUGCGAUUGGGAAAGAUAAUGUAGCGGCUAAGAAAGAGACUGAGAGACUGAUCAUGUCCAAAAACACUGGCAAACAGUUCGUCAGUUCCACCACCAGUGCUGGAGCAGAUACAUUUUCUGAAGAUUCACUCAAGAGGGAGAAAAAGAUGAUCUCGAGCACCAUGCAAACCACCACUGCUUCCAAAGCCUCAACGAAAGACAAGGCAACCUAUGCAGAGAUCCGUAAAGAUGAGUCGGACGACACAGGACUGGGAUUCUGUUCCUGCUGCUCGUGGUGGAAGUGGCUUCUGGCGUUGAUUAUUGGUCUUCUCCUUCUGCUGGGACUCCUCUGUGGUCUCAUCGCACUGGGCGAGGAGGUCAGGAAGCUGAAGGCUCGUGUGGACGCUCUUGAUGGUGGAGGAAGCGUAGGCUCUGCUCGAACCAGUCGCUUGUCCUCCUCCUCGGCUGUCAACAUCGUGGAUCCACUGGAGUCUUCAUACGGCGAGCGCAUCUCCGGUGUCCGUGCCGAUAACACUAUAAACCUGGGUUCAGAACCUGCUGCACAAGACCCUCUGGUCCUGCAGAGGACCAUUCAACAGAUCCUCAGAUCUGAACUGCAGUCAGACACCGUUAGAGCUUCACUGGCAACUUCACUUAGGGGUGAGAGAGGAGAAACUGGCCCUAAAGGAGACCAAGGACCUCCUGGAGUUAAAGGUGAACCAGGAUUUCCCGGAAUUCCAGGUCCUCAUGGUCUCAUUGGUCACCCUGGACAGGAAGGCCCUCGAGGGCCCAAAGGAAGUUCAGGUGAAUCCGGAACUGAUGGUUUACCAGGGCCGAGGGGGCGGGAGGGGCCAGCGGGUCCCAGAGGAGCACCGGGACCUCCAGGAAUUGGAGAGAAAGGAGAAAAAGGCUCUUCUGGCGAUGUUGGUGCACCUGGGCUAGCAGGACCAGGAGGUCCCGUGGGACCCAAAGGGGAUGCAGGUGCUCAAGGCAUACCGGGUCUGACAGGAGCUCCUGGACCCCAAGGCUUCCGUGGAGAUUCUGGUGAUCCUGGACCCAAGGGUGAUAAAGGACCUGCUGGGCCAUCUGGGGUCAAAGGUGAUCAAGGAGAGAGAGGACCACGUGGUACCACUGGUGAGCCAGGUCUGGUGGGACCAGCAGGGCCUCCUGGAGAGAAAGGUCUUAAAGGAUCAGCAGGUGCUCCUGGGCCAGAUGGUGUUAAAGGAAUUCGAGGGGACCAAGGUCCGAUUGGGUUGCCUGGAGCUCGGGGGCCACAGGGGCCUCCUGGAGACGCAGGAAUACCAGGUACACCAGGACUCCAAGGCCCACCAGGUUUGCCAGGUAUCCCAGGCCAGCCAGGCUCCAAAGGUGAUGCCGGUGAGCCCGGAAGAGUCAUUUCUGCAGGCGCUAAUACAAACACUGUGGCUAUACCUGGACCACCUGGACCUCCUGGGACUGCAGGUCCUGCUGGACCACCUGGACUAUCAGGUCCUAUUGGUCCUGCUGGUCUUCCUGGUUCACCUGGUUCAAAGGGAGAUAAAGGAGACAAAGGAGAUGAUGGGAAGCCUGGAGUCUCCGAGAGAGCAGGGAAGGAAGCUGCUGCUGAACGUGGUCCUCCUGGCCCACCGGGACCACCUGGACCUCCUGGUGACGAUGGGAAACCAGGUGUUGGUCAACCUGGUCCUCCUGGUGAAAAAGGUGAACCAGGAAGCUUUGUACCCACUUCAGAAACCUUCUUUGCUGGACCGCCUGGCCCUCCUGGACCCAUUGGAUCACAAGGUGAUAUUGGCCCUCAAGGAUUCCCUGGCCAACCUGGAUUACCUGGAGAACCUGGAAUCGGUUUUCCAGGACAGCCAGGGCCACCAGGACCACGUGGAGAACAGGGUACAGAGGGUCCACAAGGACCGCAGGGACCUCAAGGACCAAUGGGUUCCAUGGGGCUAGAAGGUCCAAAAGGUGAUGCUGGAGUCCCAGGGGCCCCUGGCAUUCCAGGUUAUUCCUACGGUGGAGGAUCCAGAAGCGCUCCAGGACCACCAGGUUCACCUGGACCCCCAGGGCCUCCUGGAGCACCCGGUUCCCCUAGUGGCGGCUCACCAGAUGUUGCUCAGCAGAUUUCGGACUACCUCAGAAGUGAACCCAUCAGAGAAUACCUGGCUGGACCUCCAGGCCCACCUGGGCCACCGGGACCUUCCGGAUCAGCCUCUGAUGAUACACUGGCUAACCGUGUCAUUGAUUACCUUCAAAGAGAUGAGGUGAGACAGUACCUGAUUGGUCCUCCAGGGCCCCCAGGACCCCCAGGUGUGCCAGGUGGAUAUGGCUUUAACACUCAGGAAGUUGCUGGACGAGUUCUGAAUCUGAUCAACGAUGCUGGUUUCAGAGGUCUACCAGGACCCCCGGGCCCCCCGGGACCUCAAGGACCACCAGGAAGCUCUGGAGGAAUAGUGUCUUACGCGGUGAAUGAAAACCAACAGCAAAUCCGUGCAGAGCGUCAGGAGUACAUCAAGAGGCACCCAAGUGGUGACGAGAAUUUGGAUUAUCCAGCCAUCGCUAAACAGGUUGCAGAUUACAUUAAGUCUAAUGGCCUGUUACAGGGCCAAGGUAUGCCAGGAGCACCAGGAGCAGAAGGGCGUCAUGGGGCUAGAGGACUACCAGGGGCUAAAGGAGAAACAGGGCCUCCAGGAAUCAGCGUAGAACUGACCAACAUGACUGAAAUCAUGGACUAUAUCAGAGAUAACCAUAUGAUUGGACCACAAGGGCAGAAAGGGGAGAUGGGACAUCGAGGACCCGCAGGACCCCCAGGAGCCGUAGGACUGAGAGAUACUAGGAAGUGA